AUGGGCACUGGUAUUGUUUCGGUGCUGAUGACAUUGAUCCCUUUCGAUGCUCCGGUGCUCCAUUACUCAUCGAUUAUCUUUUUCCUACUCGAUACGGUGUUAUUCACUCUAGCUUCCAUUACUUCUAUUCUCCGAUACGCCUUAUACUCCGAAAUAUGGAAUGUGAUGAUACAAGACCCAACCAAUUCGCUAUUCUUGGCCACAAUCCCGAUGGGCUCUGCUACGCUCAUUGAGAUGUGGGUGUUCAUUUGUGUGCCAAACUGGGGCGAAUGGGCCAAAAAAGUUGUGUGGGAUUUAUGGAUGAUAGACAUGGUAGCUGCAGCUUCUGUGACUCUGUCCCUGUCGUUUAUUUUUGUCGGUUUACAAUCUUACACAAGAAUAUCUCAGCGCUAUAUUACCUCCCUAGAUCGCAUCACUGCGCUUCAAUUAUUGCUGAUCGCAGCAACCAUUGUGGCGGCAGGUACUGGGCGCAGAGACAAACAACAUGCGCUGGGAACACUUCUUGUAUCGUUUGUUCUUUGGGGUAUGGGAACUCCGUUGGCCAUUGCGGUAUUGGUGAUCUAUUAUCAGCGACUAGCAAUGCAUAAGCUUCCGAGGGAACUCAUUGUGAGCUGCUUUCUACCCUUGGGCCCUCUUGGCUUUGGUGGUUUCGGGAAAGGAUUUUACCGAUUUCCCCUAGGGACCUGA